AUGGCUAAAUAAUAAUUAAUUCAUUCGAAACCACCAGCAAUUACUACAAAACUGCAGAUUCCACAUAGGACUACUGUUGAAUAGGUUUAUCUCAAAAGAUUAAAGGAAACUGAAGCCUUCAUUCCAAAGGAGGAAUACUUGAAAAAGUAAGAGAACAUCAAUAAAGUUAUGGAUACAUAGUCAGUGCAAUAACUUAAAUAUUAUUCGCACAUAAAUGAAAUCAGAUCAGUCAAAGAAUUCUUAUAUAUAUCUGAGAAACUCAAACAAAAGAAUAUUGAGAAAAAAAUGAAUGAGAGAUUGGAAUUAAGGGGGAAACUUAACAAAAUUAAAGAAAUUGAAGUACUAAAAAAAUUGCAUUAUUAUUUGGAGAAAAAAAUAAGACUUUUUAUUAAAGAUAGAUAACAUGAAGAAAAUCCAAAAUUAAAGACUUUUGAAGCAUUUAGAAAUGCACAUUAAGAUGAUAAAAAAGUUAUGCAAUUUCCAAUUGAAUUACAGAAAGAAUUAUUCAUCAAAUUGAAUGCCUAAAGUGAUAUAAUGCCUUCCAAAUAGGAAAUUGUGUCACCAGUUUCCCCAAAGAAACAUUAAAAACGAAAUACUUAGUUUGAUUUUUUUAAUGCAGAUGUUUCUGAUAGUGUAGUGCACAAUGAAGAGAAAGAGUAAGGAACAAGCAAGUUUUUGACAAUGAAAGUAGCUAAUAAAUUGUUGGGAAUGAUGAUCAUAGAAUCUAGCAAAGGGAAAAGAUAACCUAUUAUUUGGGCGUAGGAUAAAAAGAAGGAACUGGAGGAUAUAUUGAAUAAGCCUUAUGGAGGGAAGAUGAAUUUUAAUCUUCAUUCCUUUAAUUGGUUAAUAGACAAUGCGUUAGAUAGAACUCAAUCCUUAAUGAAUUUCAAAAAGGAGUCAAUCAAUAGGAUUACAACGAUGGAUGAAAGAGUGGAAUUUGGGGGCAUGCCUAAUAAUUAUUUAUCAAUUUAAAACAAAAUCAAUAAGGGAAUUGAUUCUAUUACGAAGACUUUUAACAUUAGACCAAAAUCGAGUCAGGUAUUAAGACAGAGAAAAGAGUUGAAAAAUAGAAGGCAAAUCACUACAGAGUACAAUAUUACUGAUAGAAUUAAAGAGAAUGUCUUGUCUUAGGCUAUGAGAAAUCAAAAUGUGUAAUCUUAAUGCAAGACAGAAGGUAUGUUCUUCUAAAAUGAUUCUUAUGUUAGUCAUUAUAUUUGA